CAAAGAGUCGACUUCAGUAAUCAAGCGCGUCCUCAGAGCGCUCUACGCUUUCAAGGGAGGACGUGCGGCGAUAGCAAUGAGGAGCUGUACAUAGGAUAUCUAAAGAACCAUUCGGCUGAGUCCUCUAUGAUUCAGCCACAAUUGACUAUAUCACAUUACCACCCAGUUCAAGCAUUGAAUCAUGGCAGAUGCCAAGCCGUCCUCUGACAGGCCUCAGAGGAAGAUGUCCACUACAGGGGACAGUUUAUACAAGGUGCUGGGACUGGAGAAAGGGGCCACAGCAGAGGACAUUAAAAGAGCCUACAGAAAACUAGCUCUGAAAUACCAUCCAGACAAGAAUCCAGACAACCCAGAAGCUGCGGAUAAGUUCAAAGAAAUCAACAAUGCCAAUUCAAUCCUCACCGAUGAGACCAAGCGCAAAAUCUACGAUGAGUAUGGUUCCAUGGGGCUCUACGUGUCCGAGCAGUUUGGAGAAGAGAGUGUCAAAUACUACUUUCUCAUGUCAAAGUGGUGGUUCAAGGCUACGGUCAUGUGCUGUGCUGUUUUCUCCUGUUGCUGCUGCUGUUGCUGCUGCUGUUUCUGCUGUGGAAAGUGCAAACCACCAGAGGAGGAUGAGAACUACCAAUACGUGGACCCAGAAGACCUGGAGGCACAGAUCAAAGCAGAGCAGGAUGGAGGAGGUGAAACUAUAAUUAUUGUCCAGCCUAUACCUAGUCCUGGUCAAGAAAUCUGCAAUGAAACUUUACCGGAUUCAAAAUGACUUUGGGACGGUGAUUUGGAAGAGCUGCAUCAGGGAAGGGAGGCUCAAAUGUCCCCAUUUUGAUUCAGCCCAGUUCCACCAUCAACACCUCAGAGUCCAUGCAUUUCGCAGCCAGCCAGUCCGUGUACAACACCCAGAAAUGAGCCACUUGCCUGGUCCUGGUCCCGGUCAUCACAGAGGGGGUCCUGCUGACGGACUCUUAAGGCCCCUGAUGUAAUAUGCUGAUCGCAGGGCAUCAAGGCACCAGGACUGAACUGUGCCACUGCGUCAUACCCUGACUCUGACCCACUGCAAACGAGUGACUGUUUGCCAAAAGACAAGGAAGCCAAUCUCACUUAAUCUGUGUCUCCAUUGGUGUGUAUGUCUGUCUGUAACCACAUGUUCAUUUCCAAAAGCUAUGAGACUGGUGCCAUUUUGCAGUGCUCCAGGAGGGAAGUGGGUUUUAAUUUUAGGGUGUUUCUUUCUGGUUCUGGCUAUUUAUUUAUUAUUUUUAUUUUGUUUUUUUGUUUUUUUGUGUUAGAAGCAUGGAUGUGAGUGGAAUGACCAUGUGAGUGCAUGCAAAGCAAUAACAGCAUGCCUCUACUAUACAGCAUAGGAACGUGUGCAAAACCCCUCCCACUUCUCUUCAUCCAAAAGUGGAGCCAUAACAUGGCACCUUUUUUUUUUUUUUUUUUAGUUUGCUUCUUUAGAUGGGAGUUUUUCAUUUUGAAGUUUGCAGUCAUCUGGUACAUUUUCAUUAUACUGCAUUUCGUUAAAGAUCAAAUCGGUCAAUCUUACGCAAAUGGCAAGACAUAGCUGCCUAAUGACCCUUUUCUGACCAAAGCCAAGGCAGACGCCUCAAAUGUCAGCUAACGUGCUGUGCUCGGUAUUCCAAGCUGUGUGCAAUGGUCGUACAUUUCCCUAAAAUCAAAACACUUGAAUAUGCUGGUGAAAAGGUUUUUUUUCUUUUUUUCUAUGCACUUUUUUUUUUUCCUACUACAUUCAUAGGAGGCUUCUAAUGCAACUCUAAUGGCUUCAGCCCUUAUGGCUACUUAUCAACUGCGAAAGCAAGAAUAUCUGUAAAUGUGGAUUUUUAAUUUGUUCAUAGGGGCUGAAAUGGGAUCAACCCUACUUUUGGCGAACGCUAUGCCAAAUCAUGGAGCAAACCUAUGCUUUCUUCGUGCUCUUAGGGCAUAUGUCAACAAAACACAAAUAUUUUUAAUGAUCUUAUUUAUUUUUAAUAUCAAAAUUGAGAUUGUGUAUGACAUGUUCUGAUUGAAACGAUGCACUGUGUAAACUUCAUUUCGAAAUUUUGGAUCUGCAAGAGACUCGUGAAUUUAGCAAUAAGGAAAUGCCCGUUGUGUUAAAUGUGAAGGACUCAACCAUAGUCAGGUUACUGUUAGAAACCCUACAUUAGAUGCCAAAUGUUUUCCCUAUAAAUUGUCAUUCUGAAUGCCAUCGUAUAUAUUUGGAUUGUACACCAUUUUGUUUCUGUGUGCAAAUAGUAUUGUGUGUGAUAAUUUCAAGUAGUGUAUGGCCAUCUGUCUGUUUUGGUUGUCAUUUUGGGGGGGCAUUUUCUUAUAGCCAAGAAGUUUUCUUUUUUCCCGUAAAAACUGGAUAUUGAUUUCAUAGAAUAAACUUGCCAAAAGAUAAAGAGAUGAGGGCAGACAUUCAUUAGAAAGCAUUGCAAUAUGAUCUGCUUCCAAACCAACUGUUACUUUCUUUCAGAAUAUUUUUCAUUCUUCAUUUCUUUCCAAUGGUACAUCAUUUCAAUGGACAAGGCACAUUUCAGCAAUCAAAUUUUUUUUUUUUUUUUUUUUUUACUUUUUUGGCACUUUGUUUAGGGUGCAAAUGAUUUUAAAGCAUUUGAGAGGUGUUGGCCUCUUCACCAGUGCACAUAUUAAGUUUUAUGAUGCUGUGUGUAGUAACCUGUUUGAUAAUGAGGGGGGAAAAGCCAAGGCUGGUCUGAAUUUACCAAUGGCCAAAACUUAGCUAAGAACCACGACACUACAUUGUUACUUUCCUCCUGUUUUUAUUCAACAUGGUUCGUAAUGCAUCGCAUAUUUAAUUGUUUAUAUUAUUGAAUCUGAAUUCAUUAAAUAAAUGGGGAUUUGUAAAAAUUUG